UAAAGUACAUUUUACCGUGCAAUGAGUUGAGUUUGGCAAAAAGUUCGUUGUGAAAAAUUUGCCACAAACACGCAGCGUGUGCUGCUAUCAGAAAUAUCCUUAUCAGAGUUUCGAAAUAUAUAUAAAAUACAGGUAUAAUAAGCCAAACUGGUUUCUAAUAAACGCUGGAGUAGCUAAUAUUAUGUAUGCAGAUAUAUGUAUGUAUGUAGAAUGUUCCAAACAUAAACAAAAGGAUAAAUAAGGAAUUUAAUAAAAAAUACACACAAGUGACAACGGAAACCCGUACUUUAAUUAUACAAAAGCGAACAGUAAAAAUGUAACAACAACCCAAAUAUCGUUAUAGUCUUCCAAGAAACUAACACAAAACCAACAAAAACCAAUUUCUGCUCACAUGUCCACAAAACCAGCGAUGGAAAAUAUUGUGGAAAUUCACAGCAGUUACAACAACAAACGACAACUUUUCCAUGCUAGGAUUCAGAAAGAGUUUGCAACGCUAGCGACGAGUACGAGAGAAAACUUACAGUGUAACAAGAACAAAAAUAAUAUACACAAAAGCAACUGUAGCAGAACCACAACCACUACACACAACGAAUAUAUUGGACAACAACAAAAGCAACAAUCAAAUCAACGACUAGGACCAAUUCGGCGAGAGCAAUUGUAUUAUGCACGACAUGCGAGCGAGACAGUGGCAACAACACAAAUGCAACAACAACACAAACAACAACCACAGCUAACGCCCACUGUCGACUAUUUUCGCUUCUCUGCUCUGUAUGCACUUGUAGCGACUUCCGCUACAGCAGCCGCGUGCAACAUGCGUGAAACAUACGCGUGCGUGACUGCGUACGCUGAAGAUGCCGAUGUCGUAGCUGAUAUUAAUGACUAUAUGCCACACAACCAUAAUACACGACAGCGUUGUGUGCACGACGCCAGCAUUCUGCAUGCGAGACGUUGCCAUAAAAGCCUUACACAAACACACUUCAGCAAAUUUUUGCGCACCACAUGCCUCCGGAGUGGUAGCGGUGGCGUUGUACGACAUGAUGCCGACGCAGGUGAUGUCAGCGGUUGUGGUCUCUACAGUGCGUUUGGUACUGCCACCGGAAGCGGAACCACGUAUGCUGGUAGUGGCCUCGAUACGCGUAGCAUUUUCUAUUUAACGCUCGUAUUUUUCAUCUAUUGUACCGUAAUGAUGCGCGCCUCCGCUGCGGCGACAGCCAUUGCCAAUGCGACAAUGCAUAACAAUAAUAGUAAUAGCGUUGCCAAUGAUGCGCUCUCUGCGGGGGCAGUCGCUUUGUCGCCGUUUGCUGGUGAUCCUACUGCGCAAAAUGUGACGAAAAGCAAUGUAAUAGUGAUUGACAACAGUGCCCAAGACACAACGUCAGUCCUAUCGCCUAAAACUAUGCACAAUACUAUAACAAAGCCAUCACCUGUCGCCGUUAACUUGACAACUGCUACUGUGAAUGCUUCAUUGUUAGCAACAGCUAAGGCGUCAGUCGACUUUGUGGUGUACGCGAACGACACCAGCCUAGCGAAAGUGCAGCGCGUUACAAAGCGCGAUACCGCUCAUGUGCCUGAUGAUGAGGAUGAUUCCGCCUAUCAUGAUGACGAAUUUGAUGAAUACGAGGCUUUAAUUAACAAUAGAUCUGCUAAGGGCAAAUAUAUUGGUGCUCCCUGCUUCAGUAACAUGACAUGCGAAACUUCAUUAAUUCAUGUCACCUGUGAUAGGGAGACAAAGAUUUGCGGCUGUGAAAGAAAUUACCCAGUGCAGCUUGGACUGACAAAAGGUUGCGAUAAACCGAAAAAACUGGGCGAACAGUGUUUCUACGAUGAAACCUGUAUGUUUAGCGACGAAAAUUCCCUUUGUGUUCAAGUGCGACACAAUGCCAUGUGUCAAUGUGCGAAUGGUUUUCACUCGGUUAGUCACACGAAGCCAACACGACGUGUUUUUUGCACGAAAGACUUAAAGGAAUUAAAUUCUGAUCUGCCUACUCUACUGGGUGUCGCAACGGGCAUAGCAGUACUUACCGGUCUUAUCUGUAUGGUAUUACAUCUAUUUACCAAAACGAAGUAUCCACGUCCCCGAAACUUUGGCGAUGCGAAUCUACCGCCACCGAUAAUGUAUUCUAGCGAGACAGUACAAUCGGGUCGACCAUCAUCACGUUCCAGUUUACGUUCGAGUGGCUCAAUCGGUUCCUAUGGCAAUCGACGCGCCUCAUCCGGUGGCGCUACAGCUGGUGUGCAUGGUAUGGGUGGUGGUGGCGGUGGCGGCAGUAGCGGUACGAAAGGCAUACUCGUCUCUACAUCACGUACAGGUUCUCGAAGACCAAGUCUAGCGUCGGUUCAUAGUACUAGUUCGUCUGUGCGUAGUUAUAGUAUGAUGCGUUUCGAGAAGGAGGUCCAACAGAAGGAGAUACGUCAGGAGAUGAAAUUACGUUUGGCACGUCUGCAACAACAACAACAUCUAAAUCAAAAUAAACCGCAAAUUGUAAUUGGCGAUACGCUACAACAUCACAUGAGCGCCGCGUCGGCGCUAAGUCGCUUGAGCGGUAUGCCAACACCGAGUCCAUUAACUCCAAAUUCUACAGAUGAACUACUACCAUCGGUGGAUGAGUUGCAAGAGUAUCCACCGAAAAGUGACGAUCUAGCAACAACCAUACACAAAAUGGCCGCUGAAAGCGUGGCUGCUUCUACUCUUACCGCGAUAAAGCAAGCAGCAAUCGGCACCAGCAUCGCCUUAACGACAAACAUGGGCGCAACAACAAUGGCUACGAGCUCGGCUGCCAGCGGUGGUGGCAGCUUGGUGACGCCGGGUACACCAUCGGAUGUGGUUGGCGCUGCUGCCUAUAUUGGACCCUGUAGUUCAUCGACUGAAGCACUCUAAAAGAGGUACACUUAAGCGUUACAAUAAAGGCGUUACACACACAAAUAAUAGUUUAGCAAAAUAAAAAAAAAAACAAAGGAUCUUAGACAGGCAGUAGAAAUUAACGAAUUUGCCAGCAAUGAAAAUUUAGAGGCUUCAAAUCGUAAAAAAAUAUACAUAUGUACAUCUAUUUAAGUAUGAAGUAACAAUAUAGCAUAUAUAACGGUUUUGUACGACACAUACUACACGUGUGUUUACAGGCGCGUGCGCAAAACUUGAACGAUCAGUGGCGCAAACUUUAUAUUUGUGAUGAGUUAUAAUUUCUAAUUUAAAAGAAAAUGCGAAAUGAAAUUAGCUACAUGAAGUGCGUUUUGCUUAAAUACUUAGACAUAGUUAAUAAGCUAAUUUUUUAUGCAGCCGUUGUUGUAGGUUAGGCUAGUUUAGCGUUAACUGUAAUUAAAUGCGACUUAAUUGUAACGGUUUAAUGUUUGUAUAACAUAACAAUAGGCAUUAAAGCGUUUUCGUAAUUGUUCCCUAUAUUGAAUUUAUUACUAACACACUCGUAAAUGUAAAUAUUUAACGGUUUUAAUUUAAACUAACUGUACUUAAAAGUUCUUGUUAUCACUGUAAUAGACCGUACUAAAAACUCGUAAAUGCCUAAAAGUUUUUAUUGUAAUUUUUUUUUUAUUUCUUGGUAGUAUUACAACGCUUUAACUAUGGUUGUCCUUGAUCUGCCUCCAGCACCCACAAAUGUGGUUUCACUUGAACUCUCAGUUUUCGUAUGAACGCGUAGAUACAAUGAAAAUAUUUGUAAUACAUUUAAACUAAGCAAUAGACAGAAAUAAUGUGGAACUGGCGCAGAACAUGUUUAUAACAUAAAUUUUCAGAUUUGAAGCGAUGCUCCUUU